CGCCGGAGAUAAAUAUUUAAAUCAUUAAGCAUUCAACAGUAUUUGCUUCUGUCUAAAACAUCACUUAUUCGAUCAACAACAAAUCAAAGAUGUCCCAAAUACACGAAUUCAACGUAAAAAUGACCUGUGGAGGAUGCAGUGGUGCUGUGGAAAGAGCUCUAAAUAAACACGUUGGAAAAGGUGUGGAAGAAGUUUCUAUAAGUCUGGAAAGUCAGAGUGUUAAAGUGAAAUCAACUUUGCCUGCUAAUGAUGUCUUGGAGAUUAUCAAAAAAACUGGAAAGGAAGUUCAGCUUGUCUCAUCGUCUUAAUGAGUGAUUUUAUGUUUUUAUGAUGUUUAUGUGAUGGAGUAUUUAAAAUAUUAAAUUUUUAUGGUA